GAGUAGGAGACAUCCACGAUUACUGCUGUACACCACUACAAUAACUGAUGGCUUGGUCAUGUCCAUCGGAACUUCUGAAGGGGCUGACUCUGUCGGAGAAGAAGAGCCUCGCUGGUCUUGUGGCGGUGUCCCUACCGGCCGAUGACCUAGCGGACGGGCUUUGGAGCCUGACUCUCCUCGAAGACAUCUUGCAGCUCCUGGGCCUUGACAAAGACCUCGCAGAGGGAUUAUACCCAAUCACAGAGCGAUCCCGCCGGGGGCUGCCGCGGCCCGCGGACUCGAAGGCAGCAUGGGAGGAAAGGGUGGAGCCGUUUCGCGUAUGCCUCCCGCCGUUGGGAGAGCCGCGAUCGGUGAUUCUGAGGGAUCUCAUGGUGAUUGUGGCGCUGCGGUGUGGCUACGAUGCGAGAACGAGGGUAACCUUCCGAAGGGUCUGCGACGCGAUGCAAGUCCAGUGGCACCCGCGGGUCUCCGAGGUCGAGAGCACGUUGGCGAGGAAGGUCUACGAGCGAGUCGCCAGGGAGCGGGAGCGGGAGCUCCGCACCGACCGCUGGCGGGGGUUUAAGAUUGGCGCCGCCAUGAUAGGGGGGGGUACCCUGCUCGCGGUGACGGGCGGUCUGGCGGCCCCCGCGCUCGCGGCGGGGAUAGCGGCGAGCUCGUCCGUCAUCGGGGCCACCGCGGCGGCUACCCUCAGCGGCUUCGCCACGACGGCCUGGAUGGCGACGCUGUUCGGGGCCGGUGGGGCGGGGCUGGUGGGGUACAAGAUGGACAGGCGAACCAAGGGCGUCAAGGAGUUUGAGUUCGAGUCCGAGACAUCGGUGGGCGAGGAGAUGUGCGUGUCGAUCUGCGUCCCCGGCGUUCUCAAGGAUAAGGCGGAUCUGCAGAGGGGGUGGGGGGUGGAGCCACGAGGCUCGGACGUUUCCGCGAAGGAGCGACUGCGCCGCUUCUACUAUGUCCACAACAGGGCCAAGGUGCGUGAUGUGGAAGACAUCCUGGUAGCCUACGACGGCAAGGAGUCGAAGCUUUGCAAGGCGCUCCACGACAGGUACGGGGCUGACCCCAGGGAUCCGCCGACGAGGGAGGCUCUGGCACGCGCGGAGGGUCGCAGAGUAGAAGGGGUCUCGCAGGAAGACCUGGCGAGGGAUGCGGCGGCUAUCGAGCAGCUCAUGGAGGCCGUGUUGUUGAAGGAGAAGCAGGAGACGGAGAAGGCCAAGGCCAGGGCUGUGGAAGAAGCCAAGCUCGCCAAGGAGGAGCCUGCCAGAGACGCCGGAACGACCCUUCCUUCUACGAACCCCGGGGACAACCGGAGACCAUCCCCUACCCCAAGGAACGCCUUUGGGCGGAAACCCGCGGCGACGACCUCAGCCUCCCGUCACGGAGGGGAUGAUCGGAUGCCAUCCCCUGCCGCCACAAAGGCCUCCAGUACUGCAGCAGGAAGAGGUCCGAGCCCCGAAGCCCCCUCGCCAUCGGACGGCAAUCCUUUCACGGUCCCCGGAGUGGCGGGCACCGUGGCGCCCGCCGCCGCCGCAGUCGCGCCCACAGCAGCAGCCGCCGCAGGAGCACCGCCGCACCCCACCGCCGAGCCUCGGGAUUCAGGGGGCAACAGCGGAUUGGACACCGGAAGCGGUGACAGCGAUGGUCUCUUGCGGGACUGGGACCGGGGUCCCGACGGGCAGGUUGAAGCGCUUCGGGGGGGCGUAGGGAGUAUGUCGUUGGCGGCGGAGGUGGGGGCUGCUGCUGCUGCAAGCAAGGAGGUGGAGGAGGAGUCGGACGAGAUCCAGAUUUUUGGGGACCAUGAGAAGGAGGACAAGGAUUUGUUGAAGCACCGGGUUUGGUUCUGGCAGGACAAGCUGCCGCACACCGAUCAGUACGUGCUACGCUGGGAGAGCGACUGGCUCGUUACCCUGGGCAAGAGCGUAGAGACGAUAAUCAAGAGCUUAAGCCAAAGCGCCAUGCAGGAGACGCUCAAGUACACCACGCUGGCGGCGAUCAUGACGUCACUAGCCUGGCCGUUGGCACUGAUUUCACUCUCAAGCAUGAUCGACGCUGAUUGGACCAUCGGGAGGGAACGGGCGGACGUCGCGGGAAAGAUUUUGGCCGACGCGCUGCUUAACAGGGAGCAGGGGUGCCGGCCUGUCACCCUGGUGGGGACCUCUCUGGGAGCCCGGCUGAUCUUCGCCUGUCUCGAGGAGAUCGCAAGGCGACACGAGCUUUGGGAGGAGCAGAUGAUGGAGGCCGGUGGGGGGCAAGACCGAUGGGGCGGCGGCGGCGCCGGCUCGUCCGCCACCACAGCGGGGAGGGGCCCAUCUCGAAGCAAGAUGACCCGCCUAAAGAACGCCGUGACCCCGGACAACAGGGGCAAGAGCAAGGCCGGCCUCAACGGCGUCGGCGUGUCCGGCGGAAGCAGCAACAGCGGCGGCAGUAGCAAGAACGAGGCGAGGUGUGCCGCCGGCGUGAUCGAAAACGUUUGCCUGCUCGGUGCGCCUGUGGGAGCCACCGCGGCCCGGUGGGAGCGCGUUGCGAGGAUGGCCCACGGUAGGGUCAUCAACGGGUACUCCAAGUCCGACGUGAUCAUUGGCCUUGUGUUCAGGGCCAAGAGCUUGUCGCUGUCCGUUUCCGGCAUCCAAAAGGUGUCGGCGGUGGGCGUAGAGAACGUCGACCUCUCCUCGAUCGUCGGAUCCAACCACUUCAACUACAACCGCAAGAUGCCAGAGAUCCUUGAGCUGCUGGAUCUCGACAACACCUCCACGUAUAUCGGCCGCGGCGACUCUCCCGAGGAAAUCUCUCCAGCCGUUCCGACGGGGCAGCAUUUUGGAAGCGAUAACGUGGUGUACGGUACUACCGUAGUACCACCGUGAAGUAAAGCUUACACCAGGUGGAAUGUGAUACACACGGCGAAUUCGUCUCAUGCAUGACGUGUAGCAGAGCUGCCUCUUGUACGACAUGAGGAGGAGCCAUCUCAUGUAUGGCACGUAGCAGAGCCGCGUCCUGUAUGAUAUAGGCAGAGCGGUCUUAUGUACAUGAAGAGGAGCUGCCUCUUGUAUAACACGGGGCAAAGCCGUCUUUCUUAUGUAUGACAUAUGACAUCAGAAGCCGCCUCUUGUAUAACAUGAGAAAUGACCGUAACAUGUGGCAAAGCCGUCUGAUCUUCCGCAUGAUACGAGCCGAAGCCGUCUCAUGCAGGACGUGCGGUAAAGCAGGGACAGCUGGGGACAUGGUGUCGCUCGAGUGUACCCAAGCCAGGAUUCCUUUUUUUCUUGAAGUGCCUGGGCGUUCAUCUCUUCUUGAAAUAGGUGCAAUGUAGGCGUUAAGGUAGACCUUGGUUGGCUGGUUGGAUAUUCUUCGCUCCUGUUGUGGGGGAAGGUCCGUGGGAGGAUCAUACGCCCAAUCUCCAGAUCGUUCUCCAACUGUUGCCCAAUUGCAAGUUGGGGUUUCUGCAGCGACUGAAAGUCCGACUGUAUCAUUGUUUUGUGACAGAAAUCCAGUCUCAGAAGACCAUGAUAUUUGUUACAGAAAUCUCGGCCCAGUAACUGAGAGGUUAAAAUCAAGUCAUUUGAGAGCGGUC